GACUCAGAGGAGUGUUUCACACUGAAGUAUGAACACGAGGAAGUAAAUCAGGUUUCAGUCCUCAACAUCAAUCUUUACUUUUUGUUGUAUUAUUAGUAACUUUGUUUCCAUUUUCAUUUCUUCUACUGUCUUUAUUCAUUGUGUGGUUAUUUUAUGAAGAGAGAAACAGCAGAGAGAGAUUCAGUUCUUCAGUCAACAACAUCACAUGAACCCAAACUGAGACGUCGACCUUAAAUAUAGAACGACUCGUCCUCACUGAACAGACGACUGACAGCAGAGUUCAACUGAUGGAGACUGAAAACACACAGAACCAGAAUCAUUCUGGCUUUAUUACAUCAAAAGGGGGAAAAACAGAGAAAAACAGAGCAACAGUCGCUAAUGUAAGUAUAGAACCGGAGUCCGCUAACAGAAAUUUAACAGCCGCCAUCUUGCUCAACAUAGAAGUUCCUCAGAGUCGCUGUGAAGCACAAACUGAUUUACCCAAUGAAACUUUUUUUGCUUUGUUUCUGGAAACAUCUGGAGGGCCAAUUCAGACCUGGACAGAAGCAACGCUCCACUUCAUCACUCAUCACUGUGUUGGUGGAAAAUGUAACAUUUAGAAAAUAAACAUCUUUUAAGAGAUAUGAAAUAUUGCAUUCUUUUGGAUCGUAAUCAUGAUCUGUGUGAAAAAGUGUUGAACAGCUAGAGAGGAUAAUAAAUAAACUAAGGUGGGACUCAGUAGAGCACAUACCUCCGCCGACGGUACUAUUUAAUUUAAUCAAGAUUCAAGAUUCAUCAAAUCUCUGAACAUUCAACCUCAUUUCAGGAGCAGAUGGAUGUUUUCAACCUACAUCCUGAUUGUAGCUGCCAGAAAAACACGUGUUUUUCCACGUAUUUCCACGUGUUUCCACGCGUUCACUCCUGUCUGAACGGUUCAGUGUCGUAUUACUGAGCUUGUGUGCAGACUUUCCUUUAUCUCCUCCUUCAGACCUGCAGCUGAACAUCUGUGACGGCCGCCCAGUUUUCCCACUGACUCAGGCCAGUUUGGCUCCAGUUAAUCAUUUCUGGUCUCCUCACGCUACCUGCACCUUUCAUUUAGAGGAGAUUUCUCCGUUUGCUCGGACAUGUUGUUCACGGGUCCCUGCUUGUUUCUUGUCCUUGUGUUUUGGGGUCGGGUCGGCGGCGGGCCCAUGACGGACCCCCAUCCAGGUAUGUCAGACCAGGAGCUGUUCUGGGGCUCCGACCAGUACGACUUCUCCGUGGUGCUUCGUGCGGCGGGGAUGGAGUGUUUCUGGCACUUCGCUCACCGCGGAGAGAGAUUCUACCUGAACUUCAUGGUCCAGUGGGUCACAGGUGUCGCCAAUGACAGACACCUGUCCGUCAGCGUCAACGCUCCCAGCGGCCUGUUAGUGUCCACUGUUGAUGACGCGAAGGGUCAGAUCAACUUCGAGGCCGAGGAAACAGGUUUCCAUCAAAUGUGUUUGAGCAACUUCCACAAUCGCUUCGGCAGCAUGCAGAUCUUCCUCAGCUUCGGCGUUUACUACGACAACUACCAGGACCCCGGCAAGCUCAAGGAGGAAGAGAAGAAGAAGAAGGAGGAAGUCAGCAGAGACCUGAACAACACACUGACCGUCAUAGAGGAUGCGAGUCACAGAGUGUCGAGCUCCGUCUUCCACAUGUUUCGUUACUACACUUUCGGCCGCAUGAGGAAGAGCGCCGACUACUUCCUGCUGCUGUCCAACUCCAAGUACAUCACCUGGUGGUCGACGGUCCUCAGCCUCCUCAUCGUCACCUCCGGCUACCUGCAGCUCCUCUUCCUCAAAAGACUCUUCAUCACCAAGACGUGCACGGAGGUGGAGAAGCCGCGCUGCUGACCGACUCAGAUCUCUGUUUCAACCCCUGAAUCUGUCUGCGUGUGUGAAGGAAGCAGAGCUGGUGUUGUGUUUGUGUACUCAACACAAAAACUCACUUCCUUCUUCUACAAAACAACAUAAAUGUGGUUUCUUUAUCCAACAUUCAUUUGGGUUUUUUUUGUUCUUUUUGUCAAAUUUACACUUUUUAACUUCAGAUCGUUCUUUCUGUUUUGUUUCGGUUGAUUUCUAAUGUCGGAUACUAAAUGAGCAAACUUCACCAGAGAGCUGAAUAAAAGAAUAAAAGUUA